AUGGCCAACAGAGGUGACGACAUCGUUCUUGUCCCGUCCUUGGCUGUUCCACCUGCUUGUACUGGUACAUCUGUCGAGGCUCGGCCCACCCUUGCACUGACCAGGCUCGGCAGGGCCAGCGAUCAGGCAGCAGGACGGGAUGGGGCCACCGCCUUGCCACGCUUCAAGCGAGGAAAGCAGGAGGUCAGGCGAGGUCAGACGAGGUCAGGCGAGGUUGGUCGACGGGCAACAGGCGAGGCGGCGGCGGAGAGGGGCAAGAAGGCUCGAAAGGAAAUGAACACCAGCCAGCCAUCUGACGGCGGCGGCAGCGACGAGCGGCCCAUACAUGAUCCAUGA